GCAAGAGCCACAGUGUGUGUAAGAGCUUUCAGGCCUCUGCUACUUGAGUGGUAACUGUUCCUUGGCCAAGUGGGAUGUUCCAGUACUUGUUUUUCUGUAUCUGCUUUAUCAUCCAGUUGCAGCCAGUGUCUUCGAUGGCCCUGGACCCCUGCUCUGCCUACAUCAGCCUGAACGAGCCCUGGAGGAACACAGAUCAUCAGAUAAACGGUUCCCACGGCCAGCCGACAUGCGACAGUCAAAUCGAUGGGGAGUGGUAUCGCUUCACUGGCAUGGCUGGCGAUGCUAUGCCUACGUUCUGCAUCCCGGAGAACCACUGCGGCACCCACGCUCCCAUUUGGCUGAACGGCAGCCACCCGCGAGAGUCGGAUGGCAUCGUCCCACGCCAAGCCUGUGCCAGCUUCAACGGGAACUGCUGCCUUUGGAAUACCACGAUUGACGUCAAGGCGUGUCCGGGCGGGUACUAUGUGUAUCACUUAACCAAGCCCAGCGUUUGUUUCCAUGCAUACUGUGGGCAUUUUUAUGACAUCUGCGACGUUGUGGAUUGCCAGGGCUCCUGCCUGGACACCAGUGACUGCACGUGUUCCCUGGGGACAACACUAGGACCUGAUGGACAGACGUGUCUCGAUGAAAAUGAAUGCGAACAGAACAACGGAGGCUGCAGCGAAUUUUGUGUUAACCUGAAGAACUCCUACCGCUGUGAGUGCGGGAUCGGGCGGACACUGGGAACUGAUGGGAAAACCUGUGAAGAAAUUGAAGGCUGUCACAAUAACAAUGGAGGCUGCAGCCAUACUUGUAUUGAAGUGGAAGACUCAUAUCAAUGUGAAUGUCCGAGAGGACUUGUUCUCUCAGAGGACAACCACACAUGCCAAGUUCCAGUGCUGUGCAAGUCCAGCUCUAUUGAGGUGAGCAUCCCAAAGGACCUGGUUGGAGGCCUGGACCUUUCCCUCAUCAACACUUCCUGCAAAGGAGUAUCCAAUGGCACUCAUGUCAACAUCCAUUUCUCCUUGAAGUCCUGCGGCACUGUUGUAGAUGUAAUAAAUGAUAAAAUCAUUGCCACCAAUCUGGUGACCGGCUUGCCAAAACAGACUCCAGGAAGCAAUGGGGACAUCAUUGUCCGCACCAGCAAGCUGCUGAUCCCGGUGACCUGUGAGUUCCCACGCCGGUACACCAUCUCCGAAGGUUAUGUGCCCAACCUCAAGAACUCUCCCUUGGAAAUCAUGAGCCGCAACCAGGGCAUCUUUCCCUUCACUCUUGAGAUCUUCAAAGACAAAGACUUUGAUGAACCCUACAGGGGUGCUCUUCCCACCCUCAAGCUUCGGGACUCUCUGUACUUUGGGAUUGAACCCUUGGUACAUGUCAAUGGACUAGAGACACUGGUAGAGAGCUGUUUUGCCACUCCCACCUCAAAAAUCGAUGAGAUCCUGAAGUACUACUUGAUUCAAGAUGGCUGCGUUUCUGAUGAUUCAGUGAAACAGUACACGUCAAAGGACCACCUUGCCAAGCAUUUCCAGGUUCCCGUCUUCAAGUUUGUGGGCAAAGACAACAAGGAGGUGUUCUUGCAUUGCCGCAUCCUCGUGUGUGGGGCGCUGGAUGAGAGCUCUCGCUGCGCCCAGGGCUGCCGGAGACGGGUGCGUAGGUCGGCUGCAACGGAGGAGGAGGAGGAAUCUGGGCAUGUGGCAAACCACAUCCUGACAGGUGGCCCCAUCAGAAUCGACUUUGAUGACUAA